CGCGGGUUAACAUAUCAUCCCCGUCUUUCGAUCGGUUAGUCGCCAAGAACCUUCCGAUCGGCCGCGAUGUGCGCUCUUCUUGCUCGCGUUUGCCUAACGGCGAUUCUGGCUUGCGCGGUCUCUGCCGUUUUACCGCCUUAUAUAAAACCGUGCAAGAAGAGCGAUCCAGAUAUUAACAGAUGCAUCGCAAGGUCUAUCGACCAGCUUCGCGACAAACUAGCUGCUGGAAUUCCAGAACUGGAUGCGCCAGCUAUAGAACCUUUACAUUUGAAGCAAAUUCGUCUGUCUCGAGGACCAUCUGGGGCGAGGCUCGACGUAAACCUCACAGACCUGCGGGUUUCGGGUCCAUCCUUGUUCAAAAUUCACAACCUCAAAGCAGAUGUUGAGAACGUGAAAUUCACCUUCAAGGUGACCUUUGAUAAACUGACCUUUCAAGGGAAGUAUCAGAUAGACGCGAGGAUCCUCUUGUUGAGACUGACGGGAGACGGAGAUCUGACUGGGAGCUUUGACAACUACGACUCCGAUGUUGUUUUAAGAGCCCGCAAAGUCUUCAGAGACAACGAUACGUACCUCAACUUCGAAAAGAUGAAGAUAAUGAUCAAAAUUGGCAGGGCCAAUUUGCACUUGAGUAAUCUAUUCGGUGGAGAUACGGUUUUAGCUGCUGCCAGCCACGAGUUGUUGAACAACAACAACGCGUUAAUCCUUGAUGAAAUAACACCGGUGCUGGAGACAUCGUUGGCGGAUCUUUUCACGAACGUCGCAAACAAGAUCACCAAGUCUUUCACCUACAAGGAACUCUUCCCCGAUGACUAAACGACGCGUGAUGGCGCUGCGUGUUGCUUAUUUCAAAGAUAUUCAUUUCGUCGUGUUGCUACGACUUGGUACCUUUCCUUGCAAAUGCUCGGACAUAUCAUACAGUCGCGAGUAGAAUAACGGUACCGAGCAUUUCACGCAAGAUUGCCUUUUCUUCAUCGAGAUAGAAAGUAAAAUUCGUAAUAACUACAAGUUUUUAAAAAAAAAAACGAAGAUUUUCUUCUAACAGAUGGUAGUUUUCAAAUUAUACUUUUUGACGAAUCUUAAACUUUAUCAGUUAUACAAGAAUCGUCUAUUCCAUAUAACAUUCGACUGUAAGUUGAAACUAUCGAAUAUUCAACGAAUUGAAACUUGAUCCGCCUAAAGUAACGGGAUAAGGAAUUUAUUUUUUGUUUUGUUGUUUACAGUUCCGAUUCAAUUUAUGUAACAUUCCGUUAUAUAACGUCUGAUCCAACACGUUUACGAUUAAAACGUAGUAAGCGUCUGCGAGUUUAAUUUAUGAUGGAAUAAAAUCAAGAGAAAUUACUUAUAAUAUGUUUAUUAAAUUCGUUGCAAGUAUCUAAAAGUACCGAAUAUUAAACGAGGAAUCGUGCGAGCACAAAAUGUAACGGUAUCGAGUAAUAACAGAUAAUUAGAAUAAUGAAUAAAUAAUUAUUUGAGCGUAGGUCGCCACGCAAAUCCUAUACAUUCGUAUUCUUAUUCAUCGAUAACAAAGUAAAAAAUCUACACUUUCUUUGCUAUACGCACAUACCGCGCAUAUACAUAAAUUAUACUUAACUUCAAAGUAGACAGCUUUCUUGCAUUUAACAGAAUUUUGAAAUCAAAAGUGAUUAUCACCGGUCGAUUAAUCGGGCGGAAACGAGCAAAAUUUUAUUCGAACAAGAGAUUGCGAAUAAAGUGAACGAUGCGCGUCGGUUUCAUUUGGAAUCAAAUUUCCUCGUCUCUGUUCGGCAAAGACGGCAUGGUAGGGAACGACUCGGUCCUACGGGAUAACG